AUGUCCAGCUUCCGCGUCGACAAAGGGAUUUCUAAAUUUUUCAAGGCCGCCUACGAAAAACAAAAACUUGAGGAGUUCAAAGAUUCUUUCUUCCCUCCAGAUCCAAGCGUUGUCUAUUUCCACAACAGCUCCCCACAGUCUGAGAAAACACCAGAGCAGUACUUUGUCAACUACUCGAAGUAUUUCGCAAACAUCUGUUUCAGCACUUAUCCUGUGAUGAACAACCAGAAAUUCGGGAAACCAAUAGCAGACUUCACGCAGACAGACGUCUACAAAAAUAUGGCGAUCAUGUCGAUUGCGGACGGCUGCGGGAUGGGGUCCAGACCCGCGAAAAGCGCACACGUCGCGUGUGAGAAGUUUGCCGAGUACGUAUCGUCGGAGGCGGUCAAGGAAAAAACACUGGGCCGAGUUCUCCGUGUGAUGAGUGACGCGAUGGCUUAUGUUCAGUGCUCAAUUCUUGAAACGGAAGAAACUUCUAUGGACGCGGGACUCACCACUUUCCAGGCCGUUGUGGUGCUUCGGACUGACCAAAUGACUUACGCUGUUCUGUAUAUUUCAUUGGGAGAUUGCAGAGGUCUUUUGGUGCACCGUUCGUCUGAAAAAAUCGAAGAGUUAGUCGAGGGGUACGUUUCACGAGUCGAUGUAAAAACGACUGGGGGGAGACUUGGGCCAGUCGAGGGAGAUUUACCUGAGUUGGAUAAUUACAGGUGUGGAAUUCGAUUUGUACACCCAGGGACUUCAGUGUUAUUGAUGACUGAUGGUAUUUGCGACAACUUUGACAUUCGAAUGUUUGUGGAUAAGCCAAGCGAGUGUGGCUUGAGUGGAAACGAAUGGCUUGACGAAGACGUACAACACCAAGAAAGACGAAAGAGUGAAUUUUUCUCGAAAAUGGUUGAGAUGUAUUUGGAGCCAUCGUUGGUGCAGUUGUGUGAAAACGUUUACGACUUUGUUGUCGAGAGAACACAAAAGCAACGAACACUGAAAAUAGAGGCUUCAAAGACCAAAACUAAAAUUCCAGCGAGCCAGUCAUUGCACGGGAAAAUGGACCAUUCCACACUCACGGUCCUUGUACUCAACGAUGGGCUCUUUAACAGAUGCCAAGUCGAACCACUUGAACUUGAAGUACCAGCCGAUAUGAAAAUUUAA